CUUAUAGUUACGCAUCCCGAACCCGAUGUCUUUGAUACAACGUGUGAUGCAAGAAAUGCAAAAGGUUAAAUAUGGGCAAGUUGUAUGAUUUAUUAAUAGAACCUUUUGUAAAUUAUUAUGAAAAGAAAACAGGAACUAAAAUAGAAAAACCAAUCAAGCAAAAUUCAUUGCCAAUACAGCAAGAGGCAGACUCAAAGAAUGAGGAACAUUCUAAAGCCAAAGAGGCCAAGCCGGAGGAUGACUGUUAUGCGUGUAAAGCUAUUGUCAUAGCUACAUUGACUAUGUAUGGAACAGCCAUCCUUACUAUUCCUACUACUGAUAAAUACAAACAGAGCAUGAGAAAGUACCUGAAAAAUAAAAACACUGUACUGGCUAUAUUUACAGCGCAUUCCUUUUUUGGGUGUGGAUGUUUUGUUGCUGCAUUUUACCAAAUAUACAAACUGAAAGAAAUGCUGGAUCGACGGAAAGAUAAUGCCGUGAAAGAAUCCUGAUAUAUUUUGACGUCUGUAGAUGAUUUAAUAAGUUAAUAAAAUUGA